AAGAAAAUAAACAUUUAUGUUUGUUUUUCUCUCUUGAUUGGGAGAAAAGCAAAAUAAAUAGACAAAACUUCAUUUGCAGCUGAUCUUUCAUACUUUGGAUUCUCUGUUUCGCUUAGGCGGAAUCAGAGAAUCGUUUCAAGACGUUUUGUGAGUAUUUGUUUACGGGAAAGAAGCAAGCAUUUCAAGUGAUAAAUGGAGAUGUCUCAAAUCGAUGGAAGAAUGGAAGGCUGGCUUUAUACCAUCCGACAUAACCGGUUUGGACUACAGUUCUCCCGUAAACGAUAUUUUGUUCUUCAGGACAACAACCUUACAAGCUUUAAAUCUGUACCAUCUGAUCAGAAUGAGGAACCUGAUAGAAGAGCAUCCCUAGACUGUUGUAUUCGGGUUACGGACAAUGGAAGAGAGAGUUUCUUUAAUAGAAAGAUCCUUUUCAUAUUUACGCUUUACAACACCUCAAACCAUUUGGAUCAGUUAAAGCUGGGAGCAAGUAGUCCUGAAGAAGCAGCCAAAUGGAUCAGAUCAUUACAAGAUGCUUCGCAAAAGAAGUUUCCUUUUCCGGAUUGCGAAUUUGUAUCUCAUGCUGAGAAAGGACUUGUGAAGUUUAAUGUAUCAAGGAGGUCACGUCGCAAAAAUUCAGUGGACUGGACCAAUUACUCAUCAGUAAAUGUUGAAACAAUAGCACCUGAUGUCAUUGCUCCUUCUCCAUGGAAAAUUUUUGGAUGCCAAAACGGUUUACGCCUUUUCAAAGAAGCUAAAGACUGGGAUUCCCGUGGAAGGCAUUGGGAUGAUCAUCCCGCAAUAAUGGCAGUUGGUGUCAUUGAUGGUACUUCAGAAGAUAUUUUCAAUACGUUAAUGUCUCUCGGUCCUUUACGAUCAGAAUGGGACUUUUGUUUCUACAAAGGAAGCGUGGUGGAGCAUCUUGAUGGCCACACGGAUAUAGUUAAUAUCCAGUUGUACAGUGAUUGGUUGCCAUGGUUAAUGAAUCGAAGAGACGUGUUGCUACGACGCUACUGGAGAAGGGAAGAAGAUGGAACCUAUGUGAUACUUUGCCACUCUGUUUAUCACAAGAAGUGCCCACCAACUAAAGGAUAUGUUCGAGCUUGUGUCAAAAGUGGUGGUUAUGUGGUGACUCCUGUAAACAAAGGGAAACAAUCACUAGUAAAGCACAUGGUAGCCAUUGAUUGGAGAAGCUGGAACUUAUACAUGAGGCCGUCUUCUGAAAGAUCUAUAACCAUUCGUGUGGUUGAGAGACUUGCGGCCUUACGUGAAAUGUUCAAAGCGAAACAAGGACACGGCUUCGCUGAGUUCGUCUCAGGGGAGUUCAUGCAAACCAAAUCCUCCUUGUCUAAGAUCAACACUAUGCCCUUUAAAAAAGAAGCCAAAAGGUUUGAUCUGGAUCUUGUGAAAGUUGAGGAAAUGGAGAAACCCUCUUCAGCACGCAACAGUUUGAUGGACUUAAAUGAUGCUUCUGAUGAAUUUUUCGACGUUCCUGAGCCCAAUGAGUCGUAUGAGUUUGAUAGCUUAAUUGAUAACUCUCCCUUUUCUCAAGGACACUCUCAACUCAAGCUACCAUCACCAUCUGGUAUUGUCAAGAAACUUCAAGAUCUAGCCAAUAAUAAGAAAGGCUAUAUGGAUUUACAAGAGGUCGGUAUGGAUGUAAAUAGCACAUUCAUCUAUGGAGCCACUCUUCAACAAGACCCAAAUCUUACUAUGCCUUGUAGUUGGUCUAUCGCUGAUCCAUCUACAUUCUUGAUUCGUGGAGACAAUUAUUUAAAUGACCAUCAAAAGGUAAAGGCAAAUGGCACAAUGAUGCAAAUGGUUGGAGCAGACUGGAUAAGUUCUGAUAAGCGAGAAGAUGAUCUUGGUGGUCGACUUGGUGGUCUAGUUCAAGAAUUCGCAGCGAAAGGCGGUCCAGAGUUUUUCUUCAUUGUAAACAUGCAGGUCCCUGGUUCUGCUAUGAUCAGUCUAGCAUUGUACUAUAUGCUGAAAACUCCACUAGAAGAGCAUCCUUUGUUACACAGUUUUGUGAAUGGUGAUGAUGCUUAUCGCAAUUCACGCUUUAAACUCAUCCCUCACAUCUCCAAAGGUUCGUGGAUUGUUAAGCAGAGUGUUGGCAAGAAGGCAUGCUUGGUGGGUCACGCACUUGAAGUACGGUACACCCGUGGAAAGAAUUACUUGGAGCUCGAUAUUGAUGUUGGAUCUUCAACUGUUGCAAGAGGUGUAACCAAUCUUGUUCUUGGGUAUCUUAACAACUUGGUUAUAGAAAUGGCUUUUUUGAUACAGGCAAAUACAGCAGAGGAACUACCAGAACUGCUACUAGGGACAUGUCGACUCAAUUAUCUCGAUGUUUCAAAGUCUCUAAAAGAACGAUGAGAUGUCCCCAGGAAAAAUAUGAUAUUUCGAGUUUUGUUUCUUUGUAAAAGCUGUGUGUUUACUGUGUUUAUUUUACCAUUCUUUAUCAAAGUCUUCACAUUCAAACUGAGA